UCCUAGAGAUUUUAUCGAUCAUAGAUCUUCCCUACUGAAAAUGAAAUGCGGUUUUCUUUCCACGUGACUUGAGAGUCAGCGAGAGGGACUUUCCCCUAUUUACUUCCGCUAUGCAACUUUGUAAAUUUCGUUUGCAAAGUUUCGUCGGGUGAAAACGAAGUACUGACUACAUUAAGAAGGUAGCUACAGCGAGCACCACAACAAUUUACGAACUAGAAAGAUCGUUUAGUUGUUUUGAUUCCUCAAGAGAUAUGGCUGAAACUUUAGCCCUUUUGAUUGGACCAAGUUAUCCAGCAGAUUUGCCAACCUACUGUGGCCCCUUGCAAGGUGUAGCAAAUGAUCUAAAGUUAAUGAAAGACAUGCUCUGUGAGAAUGGAUUCCAACCAGAAAACAUUAAGGUCCUUGAAGGCCUGCUGGCAUCACGGGCAAGCAUCCUAGCUUCCUUAGAAGAAUUGUCUGUAAGGGCACAAAAAGGUUCAGUGGUGGUUAUUUAUUAUUCUGGCCAUGGCCAUAGCUUUGAUGCUGAACAAGCUGGCUAUUUUGAUGAAGGCUUGAUUCCUGGGGACUUAACAAGAGAAAUGGUUGAUGAAUACCACAUCCUUGAUACUUGUAUAACAGGUGAACAUUUCAAUCCUCACCUGUCCAAGUUGAUUAACAAGGGGGCACUUGUCAAUGUUAUCUUUGAUUGCUGUUUUUCUGGCCGUAUGUACAGAGGUAAUUCAGAGGUGAAAAACACCUACACAGGCAUAAAACAGCUUGCAUUGUCUGAUGAAUACAUCAGUGAGUAUCAAAAGGUUCUAAAAGCCAGAGGGUAUCCCACGGAGCAUGAAGAAGAGCACUUUCCAGUUCAGGAAACACAACUGAGUUCAACAGUUACUCAGGAGACACAGCCAGCCAAUCCAGCAAGUGCACCUGUGGCUCUACCCUACCCAGUCAGUGAGUUUUGGACUCCAGCUUUAAAGUCAGAAGGAUGGUCACCACAUGAAAAUGACAAUUUCAUUUUCAUGGGAGCCUGUGCAACAAAUGAAAGAGCCUAUGAGUAUACGGAUCCUGAAACUCAUGAAACCCAUGGAGUCUUUACUUCUGCACUGGUAGCAGCUAUCAAAGAGUUUCCACCAGGACAAAGACUCUCCUACAAUAUGCUCAAAAGUCUUGUAAGACAAAGGAUGGCUGACAAGAAGCAACGUCAGACUCCGCAAUUUGAGGGGGGAAACAUGAAUUUGAUUCUGUUCAGCUUUGACAAAGCACCUCCGCCUCCCAUAUCAUUUGAAGUGAAGGAAGUUCAUGACAAGAGAGAGUUUACAUACAGAAUCACACUCAAUGCUGGAUUUCUACAGGGUGUUGUUGAAGGAGUGUAUUACAUUUUUGAUACUAGACUGACAGAUGAAAAUCAAAUGGAGGAUUUCCGCGUGGCAACCGUUAAUGUCAGUCAUGAAAACAUCCAUGCAAUUGAGUCAACUGCUGAAGUGGAAAUUAACUCUAUCUUUCAUGAAUGCAAAGUCAAAGUGGGAUACAAAGCUCGCCUGGCCAAGCUAGGAAGUAUGUUCUAUCCCAUUUGCAUCAUUGCUACAGAGCUUGAAGAGAAAUAUAUUCGCGAAUUGAAACAGGCAAUAUUAUUGGACAGCCUGCAGAUGUUCAGCUUAAGAGAACAAGAAACACCCGAAUGUGUCAAGAUGGACGUGGUAACAAUCGAAAAGAAAAAAUGUUGGCGUGCCAUUUACAAAGGAAGGAUGAUUGCACCGGAUCAACGGGUUGAGGAUGGUCACCUCAUGAUAAAAAAUCUUUCCAAGUAUUUUCGUGUCAAGUUUGGGACCCGGCUCAGGGAUCCCGAUCACAACAUGCUGAGGAAUGUUAGCCUCAAGCUGUUCAAAGUGGAGAACGUGCCUUCCUACAAGAAAAAUCUGACUAAGAAGAAGGAGUUGAAAGCUCAGGCUGUUCAAACCGCAGAAGUUUAUGAAGGGCACCCAGAGGAUUAUGUUCCAAAUUUUGGAGCCCACAAAGUCGAGCUUGCACCCAACUCGGGUUUUCGUAAAAGGUACGAGGUUGUAGAUUCUUCAGGUGACGCGGUUGUGAUUCAGAUCACCAAUAACGAGGAAUUUCAAAUUCACGUUUGUUUGAUUUCCUACCAGUCCGAUGGCUCCAUUGUUGCCUUGUAUCCGGCAGCGAAAAAGGGUCUCACCUCUGUGCUCAGGCCUGGUGAGUCAGUAACAGAGAUCAGGCGCGUUUUUCUCCAGCCUGAGACAGUCCGUCUCAUGGAAGAGCCCAAUGUUGAAUUAACAAGACCUGACGGAUGUAAUGACAUCAUUAUGUUGUAUGCCACCACUGCCGAGGCUGAUUAUCUGCCUCUGUUCCAGACUUCUAUAGAGCUCAGUCCUUAUUUGAGCACUAGAGGGAUUGACACACCCGACGGAUUAGGACUUUUCACCGUCGCCAGAUUUCGAGACGCUUUGGACUCCGAGCCUCGUAGCCGGGACGUUGCGCGCGAAGACGUGAGGUGGAUUACUAUAAAGCGAGAGUUCAGGGUGAUAUACCAUCCAGAACAAAUCUUUGAUAAAAUCGACCCUCUCGAGGAGUAAAAGGAGCAAAGCAGGAACUAGGAAUAUUGUUCUAUAUUCCUUUUUUGCAUCUCUUCUUUUUUGUGCUGUUGUUUUUAUUUUAAUCUCCUAACAAAGGUUUAUUCCUGAGGAUGACUGCAAUUUAACAGAUGUAAAUAUGAACAUUUAAAUUUUAAAGCAUUUAAGAGGGAUACACGACCACUAAUCCUUUCACGCUCUGGUGUAACUCAAGAUCUUGGAAAAAAAAAACUUUUUGUGAUUGUCUUUUCUCUAAAGUUUUUCUUUGAGAACAGUGGAGCCUUAAGAAUAAUAUCGUUUCGCCUAAAAGUCGAAAAAAACCCGCAGAACUGCAUGAGCUAAUUUUGUUUUUAUCAAGAGCAUUAGUUUGAUUUUCUCUCUGUUAGAGGAACGGUAAUAAGGGUAAUCCCUUUCGCAACCGUUUUUUGCUCUCGUCACGCAGUGCGCUCUCUCUAACGGGGAAUAGAUGGCGUUGUGUGACGAGAACAAACAACUGCUGCGAAGAAGACAACAGUAAGUGUGGCACUGAUGCAUUUUAUUUUUGCUUAGAAUUAUUUAGACAAUAGAGAAAGUAGACCACAAAAUAUUUGUGUGAGUUCAGAUAAAUUUUUUUUUUUUUCUUAAGGUGAAGUAAUGCGAUAUUUUCAUCCGUUUGAAAGGUACGCUCUUUUUCUGUUAUGAAAAUGAAAACAUUAGGUACACAAAGUGUCCCAUCUCAACCCGCUCAGCCGAUAGAAUAAUUAAUGCAUGCUACACAUGCCUAUGAUUUUAAAUGACAAAGAGGUGCUUUUUGAAUAGUACUGCUGCAGGAUGUAAAGUCUAAUGGUUUUGAAAGAUACCCUUGUUUGCCUCCUUCAAGUAGACUACAAGACAAGUUAAAGAUUAUGGGUCAUUUUUUCUGGACCCUGGUGAAGGGUAGGGGGUUGGGAAGAGGUUAUAACACUGUCGUGAAGACGAAUGGGUGGGUCACGGGAGAACAAUGUAUAAUACCUAUCUUAAAAAAUAAAUGUUACUAUGAGUGCUGUUCUUUCAAACUGACCUUAAAAACCAAACAUCACUCAUUGACUUUUCCCAGGAUUGUUUUUCAUUUUCAUUUAAAGAUAGAAAACUGACAUGAUACUUCAUUCUCUAAGAAUAGAAAGGAAUUAAUUUAGGUGCCCCAUUAUUUAUUUGAUGAUCAUGGUUGAUACGUUGAUAAUUUGACCCAGUAAGGAAUCCCUCCCCAACCCUCAUGUCAAUGUUGUUAAGGACAGGGGCGACAAAUUAAAAAUUCUAAGAGUACGGAGAAUUUUGUAAAAGGGAAAGUGACUUAAAACUCUCCUACAAUUCAUAGAAUUCGCUAGGAAAGUUGCAAAACCCAUUGGUUUAAUCUAUACAGCUAAUCUGUGACUACCUACUUCAACUUUAUGUACCCUGUACCAUAGUCUUGUCUAUCCCUACUUACUGCAUUACGGUAUGGGGCUCCACUUAUCCAUCAAACUUGAAACGUGUGGUCCUACUCCAGAAAAAGGUGGUACGAAUUAUAUCAAGAAGUACCUUUAACGCUCAUUCUGAACCUAUAUUUAAGCAGUUGAAAAUUUUUAAUCUAUGUAAUGUGUAUCGAUUUCAAAUAUGAAAGAUCGUGUUUU